CGUCUGGACUGGAUCGACCGCAAUGCCGCCCAGACCAUCUACCAAGAAUCACCAGCGAAACUCAAGACUUGCUCAUAACCGCAUAGUUCCGCACACAGGGCGACCUCGACCCCCGGCGUCACUGCGUUGACCAUGUCGCGCAACCAUAACCGCAACAACCCACCUCAAGAUCCGUUCGAGGAUUUCCUCUCUUCCCCCCCAAUCGGCGGAGCCGCAAGAGCAGGGAGAACCGCCAACGGGGAUCAGGGGGAAAUCUUUGAGAGUCUUUCCGGAAGGGAGACGGGCGAUAGGCAUCUGGACCCCUUUUUUGACGACGACGAUGACCUCCCACAGAGGUUCGCCACAUCUUCAGCCGGCCACCCCUUGGAUAACGCUAGCACCCUUCGGCACGUUCCCUCCAUAGCGUCUUCCUCGAUUCACCAUCAUGGACAAGAAUCCAACAUCUACGGGUCUGGACCCUCGCAGGAUACGUUGAAUGCGCCGUUUGCUAGCCGAGCUCAACCUCCGGCUGGUUUCGAUUCCGGUCGGGGCAGGAACAAGGACGAUGACUUGAUGGACGACUAUGAUUACGAUAGCAAGCCCCGGUCUUCGACUGCCAACCGGGGAUAUGCCGGUGGAGACGAUUAUAUGGGAUCGUCGUCGUCGUCCUAUAAAAAGAAGACCCAGCAGGAAGAAGACAUGGACGAGUUUGAUCAGAUCGACUCCCUCUCCUGGGAUUAUGCCGCUCAAGCCCUCCCUCACCUCCAAGCCGACCGCGAUGCUCAAGGUCAAGGGACUCACAUUCCUCAGGCUUAUGAACCCAGGUCGUCUGUUCUGGACCACCUUAAACGCCUUAAACCGCCUUCGGCACCUCUAUCGAGCCUGAAGGAACUGAGCUGGAACCCCUUUUCUUCGGGAGGAAAGGGGGACGUAGGCGAUGUGAGGACGAUCUACCUGAAUGACUUUCAGGCGAAUGGAAAAGGAAGGGGAGGGAAGAAGGGGACGGAAAACGAGGGCAAGAGGAGGUGGAAGGGGAAUGAGAUUGGGACGGGCAAGUAUAACGUGGUCACCUUUUUGCCAAAGUUCUUGUUCGAGCAAUUCAGCAAAUAUGCCAACUUGUUCUUUUUGUUCACCGCUUGUAUACAACAAAUCCCCAACGUCUCGCCGACGAAUCGGUGGACGACGAUUGUACCGCUCGCGAUUGUCAUUCUGGCGAGCGCGCUCAAAGAGCUCGAGGAGGAUGUUAAACGGCACGCCUCGGAUAGACAGCUCAACUCGAAGUCGACAAAAGUCCUCAACCCCGUCACCUCGGGGUUCGAGGACAAGACGUGGAGGAAUAUCAAGGUCGGCGAUCUAGUCAGGUUGGAAAACAACGAUUUCAUCCCGGCGGAUUGCGUAUUGUUGGCGAGCAGUGAGCCCGAGGGGUUGACUUAUGUCGAGACGAGCAAUUUGGAUGGAGAGACCAAUUUGAAGAUCAAACAGGCCAAUGCCAAUACCGCUCAAUUGACUUCGCCUCAUCAUUUGUCUCGACUGUCCGGUCGCCUGCAGUCUGAAGCGCCCAACUCGUCUUUGUAUACCUAUGACGCCACGCUCAAAUUCAGCGAGUCUGGAUCAGGGCAGGGGGAAAAGACAGUGCCUAUAGGACCAGAUCAGAUGUUGCUCCGGGGUGCUCAAAUCAGGAAUACCGAGUGGUGUUUCGGGCUCGUUGUCGCUGGGGGACACGAAACCAAGUUGUUCAAGAACGCUACUGCGGCUCCUAUCAAGAGGACCGCGGUCGAGCGUCAGGUCAACCAGCAGAUCAUCUUCUUGUUCAUCCUCUUGCUCAUUCUCUCGUUGAUCUCGACGAUCGGCAGCAGUAUUCGAACGUGGUUCUUUUCCAAGCAGAGCUGGUAUCUGCGGAUGGAAGACCAAACCAAGAACAAAGCUACCCAGUUCAUCGAAGACUUUUUGACUUGCAUCAUUCUAUACAACAACUUGAUUCCCAUUUCCCUGAUUGUCUCGAUGGAUGUUGUCAAGUUCCAACUCGCGCAACUCAUCAAUACGGAUCUAGACAUGUACUACGCCAGGACCGACACGCCCGCUGUCUGCAGGACAUCGAGCUUGGUCGAAGAACUAGGUCAAAUUGAAUACAUCUUUUCGGACAAGACAGGAACCCUUACGUGCAACGAGAUGGAGUUUCGCGAAUGUUCUAUCUUUGGGACCAUGUACGCACAGACCGUCGACGAGAACAAGGCGGAACUGGGUCAGAAGACCUUUCAGGAGCUGGAGAGGCGACAGAUGGAACCGGGCGAAGAGGGCGACACCAUCAGAGAGUUUCUGACUCUGCUGGCUGUAUGUCACACGGUCAUUCCGGAGAUCAAGGACGAGAAAAUCAUCUACCAGGCUUCGAGUCCCGAUGAAGCGGCCUUGGUGUCGGGCGCGGAGGAGCUGGGUUACCGAUUCCACACUCGCAAACCGAAAUCAGUCUUUGUCGAGAUUGGUGGCAAGUCGACAGAGUUCGAAAUUCUGAACGUCUGCGAGUUUAAUUCGACCCGAAAGCGAAUGUCGACUAUCGUGCGGAUGCCCGACGGCAAGAUCAAGCUCUAUACCAAGGGUGCAGAUACCGUCAUCUACGAGCGACUGGCACAAGGUGGCUCUCCUCUGGCGGAUUCUACCCUUGUCCAUCUUGAGGACUAUGCCACGGAGGGCCUUCGAACUCUGUGUCUGGGUGCUCGUGACAUCUCGGACGAGGAGUACAGAAGGUGGUCUGCGACAUACGACGCUGCCGCGUCGCAGAUUCAUGGACGAGCCGAGGCUUUGGAGAAGGUGGCCGAGGUCAUCGAGCGCGAUCUUACGCUGCUCGGAGCCACUGCGAUCGAAGACAAGCUGCAGGACGGGGUUCCCGACACGAUCCAUACCCUGCAGCAGGCCGGGAUCAAGAUUUGGGUUCUGACAGGAGAUCGUCAAGAGACAGCUAUCAACAUUGGUCUUUCCUGUCGGCUGAUAUCGGAAUCGAUGAACUUGGUGAUUGUGAAUGAAGAGACCAGUGAAGCGACCUCAGAAUUCCUUAAUAAGCGACUAUUUGCUAUCAAGAACCAACGUAAUGCUGGCGAUACUGAAGAGCUAGCGCUUGUUAUAGAUGGGAAAAGUUUGACCUAUGCCUUGGAGAAAGAGACUUCAAAGAUUUUCUUGGAACUGGCCAUCAUGUGCAAGGCUGUCAUUUGCUGCCGAGUCUCACCGCUUCAGAAGGCGCUCAUCGUGAAACUUGUCAAGAAGAAUCAAAAAGCAAUCUUGCUUGCGAUCGGCGACGGGGCAAAUGACGUCGGGAUGAUCCAAGCCGCUCAUAUUGGUGUUGGAAUAUCAGGCGUAGAGGGUCUUCAAGCAGCUCGUUCGGCAGACGUCGCUAUCUCUCAAUUCCGCUUCUUGAAAAAGCUACUUUUGGUACACGGCUCUUGGAGCUAUCACAGGCUGUCCAAGUUGAUUCUAUUUACCUUUUACAAGAACAUUGUCCUGUACAUGACACAAUUCUGGUAUUCGCUCUUCAACGACUAUUCUGGACAGAUUGUCUACGAAUCUUGGACAUGGUCCUUUUACAACGUUCUUUUCACGGUACUGCCGCCUCUGGUCAUUGGUAUCUUUGAUCAAUUCGUCUCGGCUCGUAUGCUUGAUCGAUACCCUCAGCUUUACAAGCUCGGGCAGAGCAACGCCUUCUUUACAAAAUCGGCGUUCUGGCAAUGGAUCGGAAACGCCUUUUACCAUAGUAUCCUUCUGUUCUUCUUUUCGAUCCUCGUGUUUUGGAUGGGUCUCAAGCAAAGCGAUGGGAAAGACACGGGCCACUGGUUCUGGGGAACCACGUUGUACCUCAUGGUUCUGCUCACGGUAUUGGGUAAAGCUGCUCUCGUGUCUGACGUAUGGACCAAGUACACCCUUGCUGCCAUUCCUGGAUCGUUCGUUUUCACCAUGAUCGCUUUGCCUAUUUACGCACUGGUUGCGCCUCUCUUGGGCUUCUCAAUGGAGUACCAAGGAAUCGUUCCCCGCCUCUGGACGAGCGGCGUCUUUUACCUCUGUCUGCUCCUGUUCCCCAUCAUCUGCCUGGCACGAGACUACGUCUGGAAAUAUUAUCGGAGGACGUACAUGCCCAGAUCAUACCAUAUCGUGCAGGAGAUCCAGAAGUUCAACUUGUCCGACUACCGUCCGCGACAAGAACAAUUCCAGAAAGCCAUCAAAAAGGUCCGGGCGACCCAACGUAUGCGACGUCAGCGAGGCUUCGCCUUUAGUCAAACAGAAAGCAACAACCAAGAUCAAGAACGGCUCAUCCGGUCGUACGACACAAGUGUGCAACGACCGAGCGGUUAUUGAGCUCGUUCGCCCCCUGCGGCUUUACCUGUACCAUUACAUGCAUCACCUAUAGAGCAAGCAUUGCCAGAACUUCAUCCAGA